AUGGGUUGCGCCCUGAGUGCGGAGCCUUGCUGUGGGGAGGAAGCGGAGCCUGUGCCCUUGGUGAGAGGGUCACUGAAGCGUCGAGGUCCAGAGAGGUCCAACAGCGGCAAGAUGAAGCUGACCAAGGUGAGUGUCUGGGUGGGCUUGUCUAGGGGUAUUCAUGUGGCCACAGCUGGUCCAAUACAAAACAGCUGUGUUUUAGGAACAUUUCAAAACCUGGAUGAUAAUUGCAUAUAUAUAUACAUCAAUUAGUGUGCAUGUGUUUAGUCUGUGUAUAUUAGUGUGCUUGUUACUUUGAGUUGUGUCUGGUGUCUGUGCCCAUGUUUGGGUGCAGGGUUCGAAUUACAAGGGGCUACCCCCAUAACAAAUCAUGGCCCCCUCAUCAGAAUGGAAAUUGUCAAAGAAAUGUUGGGCAACCCCAAGAGACGUCGGGCACCCCCAAGAGUCUGUGUAUAAUUGGAACCCUGUUUGGGUACAUUAGUGUUAUUGUAAGUCCCCAUGGUUACAGCACAUGCUGUGGAGUGUGGGAAUGCUAAGCCCCCUGGAUGACGUCAGGCUAUUGCAUCCAACUGACCCGUCAGUAUGGGUGUGGGAACUGGAGUCUACUGUCAGAAUGGAUCAUUCUCUUCUCAUGCUCUCAAGCUAUUCAUUUAAAUUAUUAUUUACUUAUCACAGAGCCGAUGUACAGUAUUGGUGGCCUCUGAGGAACUUAUUUCAUUUUGACUGGUUUGGCUGCAGCUGUGAACGUCAAAAAUGCUCCAGGAACAGAUAAGUAUGGAAGAUAUAUCAUUGACUUCUUAAUAAAUACACUUUACAACGGUGUCCUACUGGCGAUGCCUGUUUUCCUGUUUGCUAGAAUGGCAAUGCUUUUUAUUGGGUGCCAAAGGCAAGGUGAUGGUUAUACUGGUAAUUGUUUUUCAGCCUCACAAGUCAUGUGCUAUGAGCCAUGAUGCGUCACGGCUUUAUUAUGCUGCUGGCUACAGUACAUCCAAUGAGUGGGCUGGCUGUGUUGUUAUCAUAGAGAAGCUCCAUUAAUGGCUUAUAGUAUUAAACGACUUGGCAGGUAAAAGAGAACACAAUUUGCUGUAGCCAAAUAAACAACAGGGAUCAAAGCCAGAGGGAUUAUUUCUGCUUGGCAAUUGAAUCUAUCUUGAUAUGAUACUCACUCUUUCAAAGCCUAUCUUGAUCUCCAGAGAACAUUGUGAUAUUGGCCCCUCACCCUAAGACAGAGCUGGGCAGCUCUCCAUCUCUUGAAUGUGAAGAUAGAGUACAACAACACUGUAGUGACUCUUAUAGAAUAGAUGACUAGAUAUCCCUCUUGUUCCACCUGUUACUGUGGUUUACAGAUGUAACACAGCGGUUCUGCAGGCUCAGAUUACUCAUCCCUUCAAUGGUCACAAGAAAAUUGUUUGAAUUCCUGAAAGACCAACUACGCUUUAAACUGGCACUGCCUUACAGCAACCAUAUUCCACGGGCAUUUUCUACACACCCAACACAGGAAAGAGCAUUGGCGGAUCAAUGGUAAAAAUAGCCUCUACGAUCCAUAAUUCUCACUCAGACAUAGACACAAAUACACAUAAACACACCGUUCUGCUGGCACACAUAACCACAAACUCACUCACAUGGAAACACUCACAUCCUGUUAUCUGUGGUCAAACUAUAGUCAAUCUUUGACUAGACUUGACUCCUCUGGUUUAGAACAAUAAUAUGUCCAAAACUGUUGUUGAGGAAUGUUUGUGUGGGGCAGAGUAUGAGAUGAAAGUAGAGAAAUGGGAAAAGGAAAUAUAAAGCCUUUCCUUUCUCCAUAACCUGCCAUCCCAAUAAAUCCCAGAUCCACCCAUUUAAAUAACAGAACCCCUGAAGAUAAUAUUUUAUCCAAAAGAGUGUUUUGAAAGAGUAGGAAAUGUUUUGGGAAUGAGCUGGAAUUUGGCAGGAGAGUAGGGAGGGCACAUAAAGGAAGUGGGAUAUGAUUCAGCAUUUUAUUACUCUCAUGUAAAAUGAAAGUAAAUAUUCCCAAGAUACAUACAACCCCAAAGAGACCCACUCAGCCUAGCUUUGUUUACUCUCGUGCAUAUGUAUUUAUAGUUUACUCUCGUGAGUAUGUACUCUCUCGCUCUCUCUCUCUCUUGCUCUCUCUCUCUCUCUCUGUCUGUACAGCUGUACCUUAUCCACCUUUGGCUUAGCACUGUCUUACACAAUCAUUCCUCAAGCAAUACAGCUCCCCCUUCACUCCCUUUUCCCCCACCCCAUUUCCUCUUGGCCAAUGUUCCCACUCUCUAAACCUUUUUCAUUUACCUCCAUGUUGCUCCAUGCAUUUCCCCUAUUCCCUAAAGUGUUAUAUCCUUUGCAUUUAGUGAACUUAAGCUAAAAGCAGUUGAUGCCUAUUUUAUUUUAGAGGUAUCAUUCUAUAUGUUCAGUACUGAUGAGGAUCAGCCAGGCUCACUCGGACUCAGUUUCUCAGUAUCUCUGCACAGUUAAAGUUGUAAUGGUGGGAGGCAGUUCUGCCUGAUUUGCUCUUUACACAGGCUUAUCCGCCCCACUAUUUGAGGUUCAAAAGCUGUUGCUCCCUCUUCCUCUCUAUUGUAGUUGUCUCUGUCCAUAUAUCUUUCUUUGUAAAUAACUACACAUGUCCAUCCCCAGGUUAGCGUUUUUCAUCAUGAAUCUUCCUCUGGAGGCAGCUCUGCAGAGUAGUCAUAAAAUCUUAUUUUAAACCUAACCUUAUCCCUAACCUUAACCACGCUGCUAACCAAAAUGCCUAACCCUAACUUUAAAUUAAGACCAAAAAGCUUAUUUUUGUUUUCAUAAAAUGUUACAAUAAAGCCAACUUGUCUAUCUAAGGGGAAAUCGCUCAGUUCUGCCUUCAGGACCAGACUCAUGACAAUAAACCUGCUGUCCAUCCAUGUGUCUAUGUGUAUUUGAGGAUGUGAGAAUAAAAUGUGUUCUAGGGCCAAUUCAACAGGUGUAAUUAAACCCCAUCCCUCAUCUGUCCCCCAACCCCCCAACCCCAUCCCCCUCUCUAAGUCCCAGCAUCCUGUCAGCUCGAGGAGGUAACCCUGUAUUUUGUUAAUCUCUCCCGUGGCCUUCCUGCCCCUCCCCUCUCUCCCCAUCUCCUCCCCUCCUCUCCAACAGAAAAAAGCUACAGACAAAUAAACGUCCCUGGUCCCUCCGUUUUCAUAUGAGACAGAAAUUCCAUGGUGCUUAGGUGUUUUUUUUAACGGCUGGACUGAAUUACCCUAUGUGUUGUUCUGGGAUUCCUGUGAGUUACACUCAAAUUAUGUAGGGGUUAGAUAGACGUAGUCAUGUUUCUAAUACUUUCCUAUUUAUGAAUAGUUAUAGAUCAUGUCAAGGUCACAGAUUAUUGGUAUUGAUCACUAUUCUCUUGUGCAUUAUAGCAAUUAUGGCAAUUAAUAGCUUCAUCUUGGCUUCUAGUUGGCUGGGUAGAAAUAUCGACAUAAUGCUUCCAUCUAUCCCAUCCUCUAAGAUCGACAGAUGUGGCUGUGGAAUAGGGGCUUGGAGUCGAUUUGGAACUCACAAUACCACCUCUGGAUUCUGUGAAAAUGUGCUACGCCACAGAACUGACGCACUUGCACACUACUUGUUGCACCUCUCUCUUCCCCCCACGUGGUGUAGCUCUUGAGCUAUUGGUAACAUGGAACUAGUUUGGCUCCCGAACCCCUCCACAGUAAAAUGUCCAAUUAGAUCUUUAGGCUCCCCUCUCACCUUUAUUAUGCCAAAAAAGUGUGUGUGUGUGCUUGUGCGUAUGCGUGUGCACUGUAUAUAUACAUAAUAUGACAUUUGAAAUGUCUUUAUUCUUUUGGAACUUUUGUGAGUGUAAUAUUUACUGUUAAUAUUUAUUUCACUUUUGUUUACUAUCUACUUCACUUGCUUUGGCAAUGUUAACAUACUUUUCCCAUGGAGAGAGAGAGAGAGAGAGAGAGAGAGAGAGAGAGAGAGAGAGAGAGAGAGAGAGAGAGAGAGAGAGAGAGAGAGAGAGAGAGCAACAUAACCAUAUGAGCGGCAUUUUGGUGAGAGAGAGGGCUACAUAACCAUAUGAGGGGCAUUUUGGGGGGAUUGUGUCUGGAGAGUUUAGAAAAUGUAAUGCUGGUUAACAUGCAAUGUUGGGACCAUUUUGACUUGCCCCCAGAAAUUACAUUUCUAAUUCCCAAUCCUGACCAAUCCUGGGGAAAUAUCUUCACUCUCCCCUCCCACAGCUGACCAAUCACAGAGGGAAUUCCAGUAAUACAAUUCCACAAUGGCCUUUCCUUUAAUGGCUCCACCCAUAGCGACAGAGCAGAGGGAGACUAAAAGAAACAAGGUAAUUUUUAGUUGCAAACUAUGUUUUGAGGACUUUUUGGGAAUGUAAGAGAACUUUUGAACUAAAAAGUCUAACUCGGACCUAUGCCUCGAGGCAUAGACUUAAAGGAAAAAGAAAUGAAUAAGGUAAGAAAAUAAUGGAAAAGUAAUUAUUAUUAUUGAAAUGUAUUUUUAUUGUAGGACUAGUAUUACAUAGUACUACUUAUGGUCCAUCAAAUAAUGCAAAUUCGUGAGGGAAUCAAAGUGUUACAUUGGGGUGUGGGGAACUGUGCAAGCAUCCACUUUGACAGUAUUCAUCCCAUUAAUUUGCGCAUGCUGCGCUUGCCAUCUCCCUCAAAAUGUUGUCAUGCUGAUAUAAAUAGUUUAUAGUCUCUUGUCAAAUGUUCCAGUGCUGUUAUUUUUUUUCAAACAGUUAUAUUUUUCUGUAAAUGUUCUUGCGAAGUUAGAUUAGUGGAUUAGUCAUCUUUCCAAACUCUACCGUGUCUUUACGCGGCUCACGCUUGUUCUUUGACAGUAUACCCCACUAGUCGAAGUUACACAGCAGCACAUGGACAGGGUUAUUUGUCCGACUGAAUGAGAUGUUCGAGACUCUACCACAGGAUAAUCAUCCUCUGGCAAACUAUACUCAAUUGAAAUUCCUUCUAGAGUAGAUUACUAGUAUUGUGGAUGAAUAUCCUAGCCUUAGUGUAGUCAAUUUGCCCAAUUACAGUAUAAUCCGAUGUCAUAGCAUUGUGCAGUAUUCUUGCAGAUCUGAUACAGAAAGCCUAAAAGGAAAGUGGCAAAAGGAUCAUAUGACUCCAUGCGCACCACUCCCUCCCCGUCUCUCCAUCUCCAAUGUGUUCUGUGUUUAUUACUGCGUCAUAGCAAUUUCCCAAUGAAAGUGAAUUGUGAUCUCCUUAGAGGUGUUUGUGUGCUUGUGUUUCUGUGUGUGUUUAUGUGUGUCUGUCUGUGUUUGCGGGUGUGUGUGAAUGUCAAUUUUAAUAACCAGGUGGUGAUGGUAAGCCAGGUAGUGGGUGUGUGCUUUCUUGCAUGUGUUGUGUGUCUAGCUUGCUUGUGAGGAGGGGAGAAGUGGAUGUAUGCUUAACGUAUCAUCCAAUCAAUCAACUCCAAUAUCAUAUUCCCAUGUCAAAAGUUCCUGUAAGUUGUGUAAUAAUAACAUGAGGGAAACCACAGUGGAUAGGUAACACCAUAACAUUGUCCAAUCUUUCCUUUGGCAGUGAUAACAGUGUUACUGCUAAUAGACUGGCGCUGCUGUGUACUGCAGUGACCUGAGCAUGUCAUUUAUCAGUAGAUAGAUAGGGCCCAGCUCCAGCAGCACAGUGUUGUGGUUCAGACUUAGAGGGAGAAAGGAGCAGAGAGAAGGUAGAACCAGCCCAAGUCUCAGCGUAGGAUUACCUAUCUAGGAUCAGUUUUGCAUUUUAGAUCAAAAUGAAUAAGAAUACAAUGGAAAGAGGGGACCUGAUCUUAUAUCAGCAGUCCUACCCUGAGAGAUAUGAAUACGGCCCCUGAACAGCAGGCUGACCACCAGAGGUUAAAACAGUGAGGAGGGCUACACAGGAAGUGUGUCAUGGCGCAACGCUGACCUCACCACUGGAACAAGCUGUCUCUGUUCCCUCCACUGCCUGUCCCACCCUUUUGAGACACACUGGCCUUCUGUGACGGGAGGGAGGCUGCACAGAGAACACACACACACGUGUACACACACACACAAACACGUGCACACACACGCACGCGCACACGCACACACAUUCAAACACACACACAGACACACACACAUCCGCAUCUUUAGACUUUCUAUUACGGGGAGGGGAAUACAGAGAGAACACACACAAUUAUGCACACACACACACACACUUGAUCUCCAUCUGUGACACACUGGCUUUAAUGGAGGGAGGGGUACUGUACUGCAGACACACACGUAUACACACACAAUCCAUGUAACAAUAUGAGUCACAAAGACUCAUAGUGGAGAGAGGAUGGCAUAUUACAAACGUUAUUAUUCUACCGUAAUCAUUUGACCAGAUGGCACAUAAAGGAUGAUGCUAUCUGCUCUUGCACUGAACAGUGAACACUCAAAGCUGCGCUGCAGCUCAUCUCCUUCAACUCUUCUCCCUCAGCUGCUGGAGCCCCUCAUCCAGCCAGUGCAUCACAACAUCAGAGGAGUUGACUUGCAGGUCCAAAUACAGCUUCAGUUGUUUAGAUAUUGGAGUCUAAAGGGAAACCCAAGAGAAGACCUACCCUUAUGGAGUAUCUCUAUAGUCCAGCUGCCUUGGGCCCCUGGCCUCGUUUUAGCCUGGGGUCAGUGGGUCCAGUCCGGUAGAGAGUGUGCCACACAAUACCCAUCAUUGUGUAAACUAAAUAUCAACCUAUUUUUGGAGGGGAAGAGAGAGUCAGAGCAUCCAGGGGGUGUGUAGGGAUGGAUGUGUGUAGCAUCUGUGUGUAUGUGUCGGCUCCUCCCUUCAAUCACGCUUCUGUUCUGGGGGCAUCUGGUAGACAGGGAGAAGGAAGGGGAGGGAUUUAUUUUCAAAAAGCGGUUCUUUGACUAAGGAACUUCUGGGUUUCUGGGCUGGACGACAAAAAAUAAGAGAACAGGACCCUCUUGUGUGCUGAACUGCUGUUGAUGCCUGGGGGACGAGGGUGGGUAGGGGAAGAGGGGCUGUCCCAGAGCAGACGGGAGACACAGGGACUUGGCGAUAAAGGCUGUCCCAUUACACUGACUGACUACACAUACAGUCAGGUUUGUGAGGUAGCAACUCACUGGUGUGUACUUGAAGGGUGUUUUUAGGAGAGGAGGGGUUGUAACAGAGAACUGUCUGCAAUUAUUUUACCCAGUCUGAAGUUCUAUUUGGGCGGCUGACGAGGUAAGACGUUAUGCAUGCCCAUUUUAGACCUACUUUGCCAUGAAGGUGAAUGGGAUAUAGCCUGUUGGUGAACAUUGCAAACUUGUAAUAAUAUAUAAUGUUUGUAUAAAUAAAGUACUGUUUGAGGAGCAUUGCUGGAAUGUUAGCUUGUUUUUCAACAUAUGUAAACCAAUGACUGGAGAGCGAAAAAUCAUGAAAAUCACAGACAAACUUUGUAAAGACGGUGGGAAAACCAAGAUAUUUGGUUUGAAUCAACUGAAUCAGUCUAAGUUGUCAAGUUGCUGUGGACACUUAUUUGGCUGUCUCCAUAGGAGAAUCCUUUUGUUUCUAGGUACAACCCUUUUUAGUUAAAGGUAAAAACCAUUUUGGGUUCCAUGUAGAACCCUCUGUGGAAAAGGUUCUACAUGGAGCCCACAAGGAUUCUACCUGGAACCAAAAUGGUUCUACCUGGAACCAAAAAUGGUUCUUCAAAGGGUUCUCCUAUGUGGACAGCUGAUAGGUUCUACAUAGCACCUUUUUUUCUAAGAGUGUAGCAGUUUCACUAGAUACCCUUAUCUAUCUUUUCCCCCAUCUCUCUUUCCCUCCCUCCUGUCCUCACAGCUCUCAUUUGGCAGCUGAAUAUCCAAAGAGAGCCAAUCAUUUCUAUUAUGUCAUACAGAAGGAUACAUGAGACAUAUGUCUCACAUGGUGGCCAUUUUCAUUCGUUACACCUAAUUGUUAUCAUAAGGCCCCAUCUUGCACAUUGUUUCAACUGAGUGUUUACCAGCUGUGGCUGGCUGCUUGUGCUUAUGUCAGUAUCCAGGUCCGUGUUCAGUAUUGCACAAUGUUGUGAAGUGUUCCCAAUGACAGAAAUGUCUCUCUGACAAGGAAAGUAAGGAAUCAUGUCAGCUUUUUAUCUCUGCAACAUUCAGUACAUUGCACCUUUCUGAACGCAACCCAGGGUAUGCAGGCGCUGCCGUCUGUCUGUCCGUCUGUCUCUGUCUGCCAGGUGGUCUGUAAUGCAGAAUGAUCGUGUCUUUAGCAAAAAUGUUGUGAAACCAUGCCCACAGUAUUUAACUCACACACAAUAGUAGGCUUGCAGUGAAGUUAAUUAGUGUCUCUAUUUCAACUUUGUUCCCGGUCCACUCCAUGGCUGCAGACACACAGGCAGAACGUUUCAGAGAGCCAGUGGUUUAGUCUCAUGCCUGGCAUGCUUGGGGUCAGUGGUGAGGGGGGGCCAUGGGUGGGCAGGGGGAGGGGGGUGAGGUGAGGCGGGUGGUGCCAGCCCUGGGUGUCCACACAGUUGCGUAGUGAACAUGAUAAGCACAGUCUCCUGCCAGCUGUCCAAAUAGUGCCCAGUCGUAGCGGGAGAGGAGAAUGGAAAAGUGUGCAAACAGACCCUUUUACUGAAGAGGAAAGGCACACACCGCCGUAACAAAGGUUCAUUCUAUGUUUCAGUUUGAUUUCCAGACCAAUGAAAACAGACAGGCUUUGAGGCGGUAGAUAGAUUGUACUGUAUACACACGGACAUGGACACACGGCCAUGCAUGGACACUUCUGAGGGCUUACAUUAACUGGUGGAUUUGCCCUCAGUAUAUCUGAGUGGGUGUGUAUGCCUUCAUUUUUUCCACAAACAUUCUCCAUCCUUUCUUUCCUUAGUUCAUGACAUAGGGAGAGAGAGUGUGUGAAUGUGUGUCUGUGUGUAAGAGCAGAGCAACAAUUUGUUCACAUAUGUUUACAUUUGCUUAGUUACCAUGCCAUGAAACGUGUAACUCCCAUCCCCCCGCAGUCUCAUGUUCAAAGCCAAUUUCAUGUUGUGAAACAAAGUAGGAUCAUGGGUGAGUUACUAGAAGAUGACCUCCAUUAUACAACCAUCCAUCCAGAGGGGCUGGAGCAGAAAUAAAGAGCAGCAACACCUGACUGCAAAGCUCCUUUCACUCAAACACGCCAACAACUCACUAGUGUGUGUGCUACUCCCUAAGUACUGGGUUUCUAACUGUGUGUUGACAGACGGGCAAGGAAGAGCCCCAUGUCUUCAAGGAGAAGACUUUUAAGAAGAGGCGUCAGUGUGGGGUGUGUCGUCAGAGUGUGGACAGCAUGGAUACUUGCGAGGUGAGGCGGUAAACCUCCCGAGCGGGACGCGGGACGAGAGUAGGAGCCAGAGAGGAGAUGGAGAGAAGAGGGGAGGAGAGAUGAGAGAGCGGAGCGAGGAGAGAGAGAGAGAGGAGACAGGCAGACUCUGAGAUCAUGAGCUUACGAUCUCUACACGAGACAUCUCUCUAUCUCUCUCUUACUAUCUAGUUGCUCGUCUCUAUCUCCUCUUAUACACUCCCGCUCAUCUCUCUCUAUCUCUCUACUCUCUUUUUCUCAGACUCUCUCUCUUUCUCAGACUCUCUCUCCUGCUCUCUCUCCCACUCUCUCUCUCUCUCUCUCUCUCUCUCUCUCUCUCUCUCUCUCUCUCUCUCUCUCUCCACCCUCCUCCAUGGAGGAUCCUGUUCAGCUGGCACUCCUGUUAGCUCUAGCUCGCUGUCUCUCUCAGAGCCAACAUCCUCCUGACUGGAAGCUGAUCAUUGUCUAGGGAGAUCAGAUCAGUUAGAUCAUGUUUUUAACAAUGCUACAUCAAAUACACAAAAUUAACCUGGAUGUUGGAAGCUGACUAAUAUUCCAUUCUCUGUCUCCCUUUGUUCCAUUCUUAUCCUUCUCUCUCCAGUGUGUAAAACAGCCACUCACAAGAAAUGCGAGGCAA